AUGUUGUUCCCCUUUAGAGAUGACCCUGUGCUGCUCAAGCUAGACCCUUGCAGCCCAAAGGAGAAGCAGCUGUGUGGCAAGAGAGCCCUUCCUUUUGAAGGCGUUUCAGUUGUAGGUUUUCCCGCUGAGCGGGCCGACCCUGGGCUGGGACAGGAGUCAGGGGGCAGUUGCAGGGCCCAGGCCCUGAAUGUGAAUUUGUUUGGUGUGGAGUCAGGAGCCCUUUCUACCCACCCUUUGGCACAGACCCGCGCCUGCCCUCAAAGAGUCAUCAAGAAGAAGCUAGUGGGCUCCGUGAAGGCUCUGCAGAAGCAGUACGUGUCCUUGCACACGGUGGUCACGAGCGAAGACGGAGAUGCCAACAGCAUGUGCAGCGCCCUGGAGGCCGUCUUCCUCCACGGCCUGCACACCAAGCACAUCCGAGCCGAGGCCGGAGAAAGGAAGAAAAGCACCCACCGGAAGCCUCUGCCUCAGCCUGUCUUCUGGCCCCUCCUGAAAGCCAUCACCCACAAACACAUCAUCUCAGAAUUGGAGCACCUGAUCUUCGUGAGCACGGAUGUGGGCCGCUGCUGGGCCUGGCUGCGGCUGGCCCUCAACGAUGGCCUGAUGGAGUGCUACCUGAAGCUGCUGUUGCUGGAGCAGGCCCGCCUGUGCGAGUACUACCAGCCCACGGUCCUGCUCCAUGACGCCGAGGAGGGCGAGUUCCUCCUGAGCUUCCUGCAGGGCCUGACAUCCCUGUCCUUUGAGCUCUCCUACAAGUCUGCCAUCCUAAAUGAGUGGACCCUGACCCCACUGGCCCUCUCUGGGCUCUGCCUGCUCUCGGAGCUCUACGUCCUCACUACCUCUGGCACAGGACUACAGCGGAAGGAGUCUCUGGAUUCCAUCUCCCAUUCCUCAGGCUCAGAGGACAUCGAGGUCCAGCACUCGGGCCAUAAGAUCCAGCGGAACAGGCAGCUCAUGGCCUCCUCCCUCAGCCUGGACACGGCCCGUUCAUCCCAGCUCUCUGGCAGCCUCAACUCUGACAGCUGCCUCCUCCAAGAGAAUGCCUCCAAGAGUCCAGACCGUUCCGAGGAGCCCAUGUGCUGCCACUCAGACCUGGGAACAGCAAAUGCCGAAGAUUCGGACCCGUCUCUGCAAGACAGCUGUGUUCCCUGUGAAGUGGAAGUCAGCUCCAAUGGCUUAAUUAUUUUCAGUUUCAACAUUGUUUGACAAGAAUGC